AUGGAGAAAGCUUUUGCAGUGAUGAAGUGUAAUGAAGAAGAAAAGCUUAGGUUCGGAGUGUACAUGCUCAAGGGACCGGCAAACCACUGGUACAGAGGAGAACUUCGCAUUCGUCAGGGAAAGGAGUUUGAAUCUUGGGAGCAGCUGAGGAAAGCCCUUUUCUGUAAAUACUUCACCAGAGACAAGAUGGUGCAGUUUGAGAGAAAAUUCAUUAACUUGACGCAGGGGAGUAUGUCUGUUGAUGAGUAUGAGAUGGAAUUCGACAGGCUUUCUAGGUAUGCUCCGAAGUUGGUUGAUGAUGAUCAAAGCAGGGCUCGACGCUUUGAGGGAGGUUUGCAGGCACAUAUUCGGAGGGGUUUAGCCGCUUUACACCUGACCAGCUAUGCAGAGGUGGUAGGGCGCGCUAAGUCAUUGGACACUGUUUGGGGUGACACCAAGGAUCAAAGCGUAAGAUUUCGUAAGAAGAGAGAUAGAAGUUUUUGA